ACCGAUUACAGGGAUCCUGCGGGUGGAUUCUCUCCCCCGGGCAGAGAGCAUGGCUGCAACCCCUACCCCACGGCUCCAGCGGCUGAGGAGCUCUUCCCUGAGCCACGAGAGCUUGUGGGGCUCGCCGGAGACCUGGCCCUCCACAGAAGAGGCCCGAGCCUGGGUGCUGGUGCUCAACACCGGGGGCACCAUUGGCAUGGGGGGCACAGAGUGUGGUAGAGGGCUUGCUCCUGAGGCUAAUAAGUUAGUCAAAGCCUUGAAAAAAAUGCCCAUGUUACAUGACGAAGAGUAUGCAAAGGAAACAAAACUCUAUGAUUCCUGUGAGUCUGCAGACAGCACCUUAGUGCUUCCUCUAUCUAAAAGAAAGAAAAGAAUUAUCUACAGGAUUCUGGAGUAUUCACCAUUGCUUGAUUCUUGUAACAUGACAACUGAAGACUGGGCUAAGAUUGCCAAAGAUCUUGAGACUUACUACGAACAGUACGAUGGUUUUGUGAUUCUUCACGGGACAGACACGAUGGCCUAUACGGCAGCUGCUUUAUCUUUCAUGUGUGAGAACGUUGGUAAAACCAUUGUCCUGACGGGAUCUCAGGUCCCUAUUUACGAACUGAGGAACGAUGGGCGUUCCAACCUGCUGGGGGCGCUGCUGAUCGCCGGACAGUUCAUCAUCCCUGAGGUGUGCCUCUAUUUUCACCACAAACUGUACAGGGGAAACAGGGUGACUAAGGUGGACGCUGGGAGUUUUGAUGCCUUUUCCUCACCCAACCUGCCUCCCCUUGCAAACGCUGAAGUGGAUAUCAAAAUUGACUGGGGGAUCAUAUGGCGAGCCAACACCACGAAAAAGUUUGAGGUCCACACUGAUAUGAAUAGGAACGUGGGGUUGCUGAGGAUCUUCCCAGGGAUUACUGCUGCCACCGUGAAGGCAUUUCUUCAGCCCCCAAUGGAAGGGGUUGUCCUGGAAACAUACGGAAGCGGAAAUGCUCCAAACAACCGUCCGGAUUUGCUGGAAGUGUUGAGGCAGGCCACGGAGGAGCGGAAUGUGGUGAUCCUCAACUGCACGCAGUGUCUGCGGGGGUCUGUGGCUUUGACCUAUGAAACCGGACAGGAUCUUGCUCAUGUUGGAGUAAUUUCAGGAGGCGACAUGAUGCCCGAAGCAUCUUUGGCAAAACUGUCUUAUGUGCUGGGGAAGAGGCAGCUUAAUUGGAAGGAGAAGAAGAAGAUGCUGGCUGACAAUCUUAGGGGAGAAAUGUCUUCCACGCUCACAGGAACCCAAAGCUCCUUAAGAAACAGCAAUUUCAUUAAAGUGAUCAGCAAGUUUAUAAGUCUUAACUGCAAAGAGGAGCUUGGAGCAUUAAUUCCGUCUUUGGCAUGCGCUGCAGCUAAAACUGGUGAUAAGGAUGCCUUGAAAGCCAUUGAAGAAGUGGGUGGAAACCUGAGCUGUGAAGAUUAUGAUGGCCGCACCCCACUUCACGUUGCGUCAAGUGAGGGGCACGUAGAACUAGUUGAGUACUUAUUAAGGACAGGGGCAAGUGUUUAUGCCAAAGACAGAUACGGGGCCACCCCCUUGAUGAAUGCCAUCGAAUUCAGGCACAUGAAAGUAAUACAGCUCCUUCGGGAAACAGGAGCUCACCUUUCUAGUGAAGAGCUAAAGGAUGCAGGAACCAAGCUCUGCCUCCUCGCUGCUAAAAGAGAUGUGGACGGACUGAUGGCUUGGCACGUAGCAGGGGUAGACAUGGAACAAACGGAUUAUAACAGCAGGACACCUUGGCAAGUAGCUCUUCAGAAUGAAUGGAACACCCGUGACUAGUGGAAUAUCCUCGAAGCCAUGGCAUUUGGACCGAUGGGGCUUUUAAAUUGGAGAACAGUACAUGGAUUUCCCCUUUACUCUUUUCUUCAUGUUGAAUGGGAAGAGCUGGACUUUGGACUGCUGAAGAAACGAAACACAUCUCUGUCCAGUAAAUGGCACCAUUUUCUGUGCAAUUCCUGUAAAAUUCAAGAAUGACCAGCAGAAGUUGCAUUGAGCAAGGACUAAUUAAUUAUUUGGCAUAUACUCCACCAGCCAAAACUACAGACAUGACUCAUCAUCGUUCUGCUGUCUAAUAGGAGUUACCCUCCGUAAUGUGAAUGUAUUACAUCUCUAAUAAUCAAUGCUGGGAAAUCCUGAUAAAGAACUGGAACCCCACCCCAAAGGAAAGAUGGUGACUUCAGUAUAUUAUAGACACACACACACACCCCGGUGCCAUACUGUGGACAGAUUGUAAAGUACCUUGGUGAAUUUAGUCCAGGGGAAACAAUCGAAAUGUUGUAAAUUGUGGAAUAGGAUCACCAAGGACAGGAUUACAUGACAAACAACAUGGUGUCGUUACCUGAACUGGACCCAGAGAAGGGGAAAUUAGCUUAUUAUAAGGUUCCGAAAGGAAUAACACAAAAUCUUGUAGACUGUGUAUAACAGAGAGGAUCUCAGUAGUGAU